AACCAGAAAAAAAGGAACUAAAACGAAGUGAAGUAAAAGUAAGCGCAAAGCAGAAAAGCAUGCAACGGUAAAUUGCAUUGUCGUCUGUCAAGGACAAAACAAAAGGCCCUGCCAUGUAGCAGCGCGCGUGUACAUGUGUCUGUGCAAAACAGUGAGUGUACGGUUGUGUGCGUGUGCAUUGAGCGAGGCGUCAGCAGGAGCAGCGAAAACAGAAACAAAAACAAGAACAGAAUGUGACACAAAUAUCAGCAGCAGCAGAGAGAAAGCACACACUAAAGCAAAACAAAGGAACAAAUCACACACGAGGCUAAACGGAGAACAGAACGGAGGCUGCUGGCACCUACCACCCACCUCCAUCACCCUCCCUUCUCCAUCCCAUCGCAUCGAGAGGACAUUUGGCGCCAGUACGGGCAGCAGCAGAAGGAGCGACAGCGACAGAGCUGGGUGUACCAUGUGGCUUUACGCUUCGCUGCUUUCCUCCUCCUCCUCCUCCUCAUUUGCAUGCCCAUGCCCGUUGCUGGUGCUGCAGCUGGUCCUCCUGACGGUGGGCCUUCUCCCCUUGCAUGUGACGGCUCGCUUUUUGUGCGAGGGCGGACACAUCUGUUCAUUGCCGCGCGACUGCUGCACCCAGGGCUGCUGUCCUCCCUACCAGGGCGGAUCCCGACCACUGGCCCCGCCCUCGGAGCAUGUUCUUAAUCUGUUCUUCAUCAGUCACUGGUUCUUCUGGUGCGUCGUGGUUGCCAUCAUUCUGGCCAUUCUCUGUGCCUACUCGUUGUGGAAGAAGCGCCGCACUCUGUGUGGCUGGGGCUUUAACGAGCACCACACCCAGUCCGAGGGCGACUCGGCCGGCUCCUGCUAUGCCCCUCCGCAGUACAGUCGCUGCAACUCGUUCCAUCACCCGCCCCCACCAUACACAGAGGUCACGUCCAAGCCGGAUCUCUAUCCGCUUGUCUUCACCUGCAACAGCGACAAUGGCAACGGCAAGGGCAACGGCAAUGGCAGCUCCAGCUACCUUAUGGUCCAGUACUUCCGGAACUACAUUGUGCGCCCGGCGGGCUCCUUGAGCGCCGCCAGCACUGUGGACUCACUCAGCUCGAGCUUCAUUUGCAAUGCGAACGAGGCAAACACCAUGGUUCCGCCGCCGUAUUCCCGGGCAGCCAGUCCGGAUCUGGGGCUGCACCACUACCUGGCGCAUGCCCAUGUGGCCCAUGGCACCCGCAAUUCGGAUCAUACGGGUGCGCCACAGCAGCCGCUGGGCCCAGCACCGCUUACCGCAGCUGCGGCCCACCAGUAUGGACUGCCACGCUCUGCCUCACAGUUGGUCGACCCGGAUAUGUACCUGCCACGACAGACUGCGGCUAUUCAAUCGCAGUCCCAGAGCCAGUCCCAGUCACGGGCUCAUGCUCUAGCACAGGCCCAGGCCCAAGCGCACACACAGCACUAUGCCACGGUGGCUCUGGGCAGUGCGCCGGGCUGUGGUGGCGCGGCCAUGUAUAGCACGCGGCUGCAUGGCUCCCACGAGGACGGAGUCAGUGCUGGUGCAGGUGCUGGUGCUGGUGCUGGUGUGGGCUACCUACAGUCCCAGAGCGAUCAGCAUUUUCGCUACAUGGCCAACAGCAGCAGCAGCCUCAGUGAUAUCUUCGUGAACAACAGCUGCGUGGCUGGCCUGGGUGGAGCAGCAGGAGGCCCCAGCCUGGACAGUGUGGCCGCCACACAGGCCGCAUCCCUCUGCAGCCUGGCAGUCGGCGGCGGCAGCUGCAGCGGCGGCUGCGGCGGUACACCGGUACUCUUCAGCAAUGGCUGCAUUCAGCCAAAUCCCCUGCACAGCCUGGAGAACUGCUGCCAGCAUUCAGCGGUCGGAAAGGGUGACCGCGGCGGUGGCCCCAACUCAGGUGUGGGGCCAGUGGGCACUGCCAGCACAGCGUCGGGUGUGAGCAGUCUGGCCAAUGUCGGGACACCAGGCUCACCGCCACAGGCCACCAGUCCCACCGGGGAGGUGCGCGAGAUUCUCGACCAAAUUCGUCACUUGCAGGCGGGCGUCAGCUACGAACAUCUCCUGUUGAGCGGGACGGGCAUGGGCAUGGGCAUGGGAAUGGGAAUGGGUGCGAAGCCACGACUCCAGCACACGCUGUCCACGCCCUCAUCCUCGCAGGCCCCACAGCCCACAGCGAUGUCGGUCUCUGUCUCUGCCUCUGGCUCCAGCGCAGUCUCCGCUGCCGGCAAGAGUAAAAAGUUCUUUGGCUCGAACAAGAUGCCGCCGCCUCCGAACAAGGCCCUGUACAUACCGAUGGCAGCCAUGGGCGGCGGAAUGGGCACGGCGCAGCGCUGCCUGCUCAAGAGCCCCGUCAGCAGCGUGGUUAGUGGCGCCAGCUUCUUCGUGAAUCGAGGGCGCGUGGCGCGCAAGGGCUGGAUCACACGCUCGGCACCCACUACGCCGGGCAGCGCCUUGCCACCCAAUCGGCUGGGCGACGAUAGCCCGCUGCUGCUCAAUGAGCACGAUGAGGAUGCCAUUGACGAUGACGAGGGAUUGGACACCGAAACGGAGACAGAAACAGAAGCGGAGGCCCACGAGCAACGAGGCCAGGGAAAUCGUCAGCCGCCGCAUCGUAACCAUCGGCAUGGCCAGCUUGAAUAAUAAUAACAAUAAUGAUAGAAGGUGCAGGCAGUUUGCAGGCAACCAGUACAGAAUGGCUGGGAACCCAAGGAUCCUUAAACAUCGAUCGAUCAAACAAACUGCCUUCUGUGAGCAAAGUUUUUAUUUGAAGAAAAGAAAGCAUUAACGCCGCAUGGACAAUGUCUUCGGAUUCAGGUGUCUUCAGUUCACAAUUAAGACCGACAAAAACCAAAUAACUUUUUAGAUAUUAAAACAAAGAACAAGUCGUAAUGUUUCGUUUAUUCAAUGUUACUUCAAAAUGUUGGUUUUUAUACUCGUGUGCCCUGGAACUACGAACAAUUGCACAAAAGAUUUAGAAGUGUGUCUGGUACAUACAUAGUACAUACAUACAUACAUGUGUACAUAAUGUAUACAUAUGUAUGUGCGCUCUGCUCUCGGAUUCAUUAAGUUAAAAGUUUUGUAAUUAUAUUUUAAGAUACGACAACAGCCCGACGCGAAACGAUGAGAGGACUGCUUGAAGAAAUACUUCAAAUGCUUUCAAAUAUGUAUGUACGAUUAUGUAUGUAUUUAUGUAAACCUGUGCAGACCUGUUCGAGGGAGAAUACAUAAUAAAUAAACAAACAAAGACUAAGCUAAGCGAACAGUAUGUAGGGCGCAAAGGGCUCGCUUGAAUGCAGCAGUGCCUUUUCAAAUUAAUAUAAACUAAAGCCAAGACAGACACAGCGCUGGGCACAACACACACACAAAAGAUGGCAGAAUCAAAUAUACAAAAAUCAAAAAUAAAUUAAAGCAGCAGCGAAACGAAUCUACAGACAUAGAACAAUCCAAUGAACAAGGCAAUAUUUAAAUAAAACUCUGCUUAAGCAUUAGACAGAUGUUUGCAUAAUACAGCAACAGAAAUAUACAUACAUAAAUAUACAUAGAGAAGUAGAAUUAAGGGUAAGGAAUUUUACAGUCCCAUUGUCCAUCGAUUUGGCACUUCAGUUUUCGUUUUCUUAGCUCAGCUUAUUCGUCAUCAAAUCAGUUUCAUACCCAAUGCGGCCCGUACUUAUAUUUACAUGCAAGCAUAAUUCAUUAAUUAACUAGCAAAGCGAACUAAAAAGCGUUCAAUGCAUAAAGCUCCAGAAACAAAAUAACAAGAAGCGAAUUGUUGUAAAGCAAACGAAAAAGAAAAACAUUUACAAAGAUGAGAAUAAAUACAUUAAACGAAGGAA